AUGUUACGUCAAGCAAUUCGAAGAAUAACUCCAUUAGUGUCAAGAAGCAAUUAUGCAAGAAGUUAUUGCUGUGGAAAGCCACCGCCAUUAUGUGAACAUCACAAAGAUCUUGUUCCACCGUUUUGUGAAAUUUGCAAACUGAAAGGGUUUGAAUUAAAAUCAGAUUGCACAACAUUUCACAUGAAAUCACAAGGAUAUGAACCAGUUUGUUGUCCACCACCGUGCCCUCCAAAACCAUGCCCUCCGAAGCCUUGCCCUUGA